UUUUGUUCCCUUGAGGGGGCCCACACUGUCCAAUUAUACCCACCCUACCCAAAUACUACUGUCUCAAUUCAUUAUUAAUCUCAUCAUCAUUCAUCGAUCCUCGAUAUAUAUAUAUAUAUAGAUAUCAUCUGCCUUCUUCUGCCAUCUGCUCCUAAUUACUUAAUAUUCUUCUUCUUCUGCAUCGAUCCAUCUAAAUCGAUUAAACAUAGAUAGAUAGAUGAUGAAGGGUAAUUACAGGAGGUUCAGACUGUCAGACAUGAUCCCAAAUGCUUGGUUCUACAAGCUCAAGGACAUGACUGCCACCAUCAGACCACCACCAUCAACAAGAUCCCAUUCCCAAUUACCCAAUUCUCAUAUUCUUCAUCCCUGUCCCAUCACCACCAGGAAAUCCACCCACCACCACAACCCACCCACCAAUUACACCAGGAGAUCAUAUUCUUCUUCUUCAUCAUCAUCAUCAUCCUCCACCUUCUGCACCAAGCAGCAGAAACAACGACCACCCCGGAGAAGAAGGACCAUCUACCUGCCAUCCCCUAACCACGACGAUCAAAUUAUUCAUGAUAACGACGAGGAGGAGGAUAUCAUCAUCGACGUAGACGAAAACUCCCACCCAAUUAUCAAAAUCAAAACUAAUAGCCUCCCCGAAGAAUUCAAUAUCAAUGCCAUAUCGUCCCUUCCCCCAAUUCUCACCAAACCCCUUGGCACCAACAAAACAAAUUACAGAUAUACAUCAAACUCAAGCCCUGCCGACGACCGCCACAGAAAAUCCAUUUCCAGCAGGCCGGGUGUGAGAAUUCGGGGCAAGAAAAUCAUCGAAACGCGGCGCCGGAAAAGCGUGAAGAAGACGAAAUUAGAAGAUGAUGCGAGUUCGAGGAGGAAGAAGAAUCAUAAUAAUAAUAAUAAUAAUAAUAAUAAUAAUAAUAAGAUGAUGAUGGAGGAGGAGGAGGAGAAUGAUCGGGUGUACAGUACUGGUAGAAGAUGCUUUGCCGUAGUGAAAGCUUCUGUGGAUCCCCAAAGAGACUUCAGAGAAUCAAUGGUGGAGAUGAUUGUCCAAAAUCAAAUUAGGGUUUCCAAAGACCUCGAAGACCUUCUGGCCUGUUAUCUCUCGCUCAAUUCCAAUCAGUAUCAUCAAUUCAUCAUCAACGCCUUUGAGCAAAUCUGGUUCAAUAUGCAUCCAUCCAUCCCCCACCAUUAAUUAUAAUAAUUAAUUAAUUAAUUUCCCUAGCUUUUUUUUUUUUUUUUUAUAUGUAAUUAUUUGAAAUUUAUGGAUAUCAAUUAUUUAGAGUAUGUAAACUACUUUUUUGUCACAUAUUUGACAAUUGUGUCAACUAUUAAUAUAUUAUAAAAUAGAAAGAAAGCAAAAUCCAU